AUGAUUGAAGUGGUCGUUAAUGACCGAUUGGGCAAAAAGGUCAAAGUGAAAUGCCUUGGUGAAGACACCGUGGGUGAUUUCAAGAAAGUGUUGUCUUUACAAAUAGGCACUCAGCCAAACAAGAUUGUUUUGCAGAAGGGUGGGAGCGUACUGAAGGACCACAUCUCUUUGGAAGACUACGAAGUGCAUGACGAGACAAACCUGGAACUGUACUACUUGUGA